ACCCGAUAAGUCGAUAGCCGAGUACACUACUACUCCCUUACAAACAUGGCGAACCUGCUGAAAGAGGCACAGCAACAAAAGAGUGUGAAGAUUGCUCCUGGAGCAGUAGUUUGUGUUGAAAGUGAAAUUAUUGGAGAUGUCACUAUAGGACCAAGAACAGUGGUUCAUCCUAAAGCUCGAAUAUUUGCAGAAGCCGGACCAAUCAUCAUUGGGGAAGGAAAUCUCAUUGAAGAGCAAGCAUUUAUCCGAAAUGGCUUUCCUGAAAAUAUUGCACCAGACUCAGAGGAUGUAGAGCCAAAAACAAUGGUCAUCGGCACUAACAAUGUAUUUGAAGUUGGAUGUUAUUCUCAAGCAUUGAAGAUGGGAGACAACAAUGUAAUUGAAUCCAAAGCAUAUGUAGGUAGAAACGUUAUUCUAACCAGUGGCUGCAUCAUUGGAGCCUGCUGCCAAGUUGACACUUGUGAAGUUAUCCCAGAGAAUACCGUGAUAUAUGGAUCUGAUUGUCUGCGCAGAGUGCAGACCGAGCGUCCACAGCCCCAGACGCUUCAGCUGGAUUUCCUGAUGAAAAUUCUUCCCAAUUAUCAUCAUCUGAAGAAGACCACAAAGUUUACUUCCACUCCAAUGAAAAACUGACUGAAGAAGAAUCAUCUGUUGAGAAAUCUUGCGUAAUGUCACAUAUAUGCGUUUUGUUUUAUUUUAUCUAACAUUGUUUAGCUAUAUCUAAGCUAUUUAUUUGUAAAUUAAUGUCUGGCUAAUAAAUGUUUGGUUAUAGAGGAUUUGAGUGAAGAUAAUAGCAUAGGUGUUUUUGCACUGAAGAGAAGAAAAAAUUUAACAAGCCUCUAAAUUAACAGAUACAUUUAAAUAUUCGUUUUGCUUUGAGGGGCAGGCUAAUCCAUUAAGGUGUUGCUAACAGUAAAAGCCACUUAUAUUCCUCAAGGCUUUUCAUUCAACUGUACUUAGAGCUAUACUAGAUACGCUGUGGUGCAACUACUCACCUCCUGAAGAACAAAGUGCAUUUCAUUUAAUUUUACAGCAGAUGGCAGUGCAAUCUCCUCCUAUAAUUUGAUGUGCAGUGAAGCAAAGAAAGGUUAUUUUCCUCCUGUUUUAAGAAAUAUAUGCUGUUUUUUUUGUUUUUUUUUCUUGCUAUAUUUUAUUAAACUAGUCGUUCAUAAACUUCUUAGGUUUUGGUCAUGACCCAGGGAGUAAAACAAAUACAUAUAUUAUCUUUAGCAAAUUUGAAAGCUCUAUGAACCUUUUCAUCUGCAGACUAUGUGACAGUUUGGUUUCUCUUGUAUUUUUGAUUAUCAAGAGACAUAUUUAGAAUAUUUUCUCUAUGAAUUCAGCAAACAAUUUAAACAUAAGUUAUUUGCAUUACAGUCCACUGAUUCCUAUGUAAUCUGGUAAUAUCUGUAACCUGAGAUUAAUGUAAAUUCAGCUUUGAGCUGCACACCACUAUUCACUGACAUUCCUUUUUCCCUCAUAUUAAUGUCUAAAAUGUGUACAAACUGUUACAACACAUCAAAGCAUAUUAAAUCCGUUUACAAAUUAAUAACAUUACACUCUUUGAA